AGGAAGUCGAUCCGCAGACUGGUUUCACAUUUCUCGCUUCAACGCAAACAACACUGGCGUCCGGGCGCUGCUACGGUACCAGUCGUGACUGCCCGACUGCUCGUCUUUUUACGGCUCACAGAUGUAAUUCGUCGCGUACCACCGACUGGAACCGUACAAUUCAGAGUCAUUUACAACCGGGCAACGGUUCGGACUCAUUCUUAAUACCAUACUGUCAAAAUAUCAGCGACUUUCUUCGAAGUCACACGGCCAGCUAACGCGCGUUAGCAGGUUAGAUGUGCUUUUCAGUAUAUCAGUACCUCCAUGAUGUUUUUGUGUUUGUAUCAUUAGUUUUCGAGCUCGGUACCUUAACAGGUAUUUGACUUGGCCUUAGAAGAAUCUAAAACAUUGACAUGUAGACACCUGUUUGACGGAUCAUUUCUCGGAGGAUCGCCGAAGUGAGUGCUGCUGAGUUGGCUAACUGAAAGGAGCAGCUCCUUAACUUAACCUCAAGUUUUUCUGGACUAAAAAGGACUCCCAUCUUUCUUUCUUCAGUACUGUCGAGGGGAAAUAGGACUGGAAGUUUUACAUUACCUAUGCACAACGAUAUACAGACUUUCAUUUAUAGUUACGGACAAAUUAAGGACCCUCCGGAUUUUUGCCACCUGGCCUAAUAAAACUUGGAGUCAUCGGACUCGAUUUUGCACAUCUAUGCUGGGAACAAAUGUUUUGUUUUUUUCUUCAUCAGCUAACGACUUUUUAAAAUAUCUAUUUACGAUGCUGGUAUUCUGUCUGUAAUUCCCCAGAAGGAAACACCAGUUUAACUUCAGAAAGGCACAUAGGAAGUUGGGAUUCAAUGUCUAGAACCAAACAGUCUUCGACUAUUUGAGAGCGAAUUCACAAACAUAUUUCAAGAAGGUUCGUGUUUUUUGACUCGUAAAGUAAGCAAACUAUGACUUAAUUUACAAGACUUUUGAAAAAACCAUCUUUACUGGUUUGAUAUCCUAAAGAGAGCUUGUGUUGGCUCUUUAAAAGUUGGACUUCCGACACUUUUCGUCGUGCUGUGCCGAUGUCCCCUUUGACUGACUCUUGAGCGCUGUGAACACAUUCAGUUUCAGAAAAUAAACUGUCAAAUCCAGUUUGAGAAGAUGUCGACCAGGACACCGCUGUUACAAAUUGAUCAGUCUCACUCUGAGUCUAAGCCCACGGUGCGCUCUAACAUGCCCCACUCCACGGCGGACGAGCAGCCACACAUCGGCUGCUACAGGCUCCUGAAAACCAUUGGCAAAGGCAACUUCGCUAAGGUCAAACUGGCCAAGCACGUCCUCACUGGAAAAGAGGUGGCAGUGAAAAUCAUAGACAAGACUCAGCUCAACUCCUCCAGUCUUCAAAAGCUAUUUCGGGAAGUGAUGAUCAUGAAGCUGUUGAAUCACCCAAAUAUUGUGAAGUUAUUUGAAGUGAUUGAGACAGAGAAGACCCUCUACUUGGUGAUGGAAUAUGCCAGUGGAGGUGAGGUGUUUGAUUACCUCGUAGCCCAUGGUAGAAUGAAAGAGAAAGAGGCCCGAGCCAAAUUUAGACAGAUUGUGUCAGCAGUGCAGUACUGUCAUCAAAAGCGCAUCGUCCACAGAGACCUCAAGGCGGAGAACCUGCUCCUGGAUGCAGACAUGAACAUAAAAAUUGCUGAUUUUGGCUUUAGUAAUGAGUUCACAUUGGGCAACAAACUAGAUACAUUUUGUGGCAGCCCUCCCUAUGCUGCCCCCGAGCUCUUUCAGGGCAAAAAGUAUGACGGGCCGGAGGUGGACGUCUGGAGCCUGGGGGUUAUACUGUACACACUGGUCAGCGGUUCUUUGCCAUUUGAUGGACAGAACCUAAAGGAGCUGCGAGAACGGGUUUUGAGGGGCAAGUACAGAAUUCCCUUCUACAUGUCCACAGACUGUGAAAACUUACUGAAGAAAUUCCUCAUACUCAACCCAACCAAGAGAGGGAGCCUUGAGCAGCAGAUAAUGAAGGACAGGUGGAUGAACGUGGGCCAUGAGGAUGAUGAGCUGAAGCCCUUCAUCGAACCCCAACCUGACUACAAGGACCCUAAAAGGACAGGUCAGCACCCCAGCAGUGCGGGGGGUUGGAAGAGAGAUAUAAUGCUACGUAUGGGAUAUUCUCUAGAUGAGAUACAGGACUCCCUUAUCAACCAAAAAUACAACGAUGUCAUGGCAACUUACUUAUUACUGGACUAUAGGAACUCGGAGCUGGAUGAACUCUCAAUAAAGCCCCGCCUAGGCACUGACCUCACAAACAACGCCCAAUCACCUUCUCACAAGGGACAACGCAGUUCCUCCAAUCUGAAGUCCCGCAGAUCAACAGACCAAAGUUCCUCCAGUUCCUCCAAGCGUCCUCAGGGCGACAGUAAGCACAUUGUUGGUUCAGGCAGCUCCACUAAAGUCCCUCCCAGCCCACUGAUCUCCGGAGACAAUAAGAAGACUCCAACUCCUUCCACCAACAGCAUCCUCUCCUCAGGCACCAGCCGCAGCAGGAACUCUCCAAUCAUUGAGAGAGCCACUCUGGGAGUACAGAAUGGCAAGGACAGCCUGAACACUCCAGGGUCCCGCGCCUCCACCGCCUCAGCAGCUGCGGUCCUCGCCACCUCAUCCCGCACCCGCCACCACAAGUCCAUGUCCACCUCCUCCCAUCCAAGCCCCCCAGACAUCCACGUACAUCACCCCAGCACAGCCCAGCAGAGAGCGCCAGUGGUGUCUCCCUCAGCACAGAACAUAAACAUUUCCUCAAUGGCAGACCGUACCAACUUCUCCAGAGGGGUGAUUAGCAGAAGCACUUUCCACGCAGGCCAACAGAGAGCCACACGAGACCAGCAAGCCUCAGCAUACAAUGACCCCUCUGCUUCCCCUUCUCUUUCCCAUGGCAACAGCCAGGUGCGCCGUCCCGGGACAGGCAUCUUUAGCAAGUUUACUUCCAAAUUUGUACGCAGAAAUCUCUCAUUCAGAUUUCCCAGAAGGAGUCCGUAUGAGGGAGAGGGUCGAGAUGAGGCCAGCAGACCCAUGUUGAGCACAGCAGACAAGAUGGAGAAAGGUACCCAGGGGCUGCCAGUAGAUGAAAACAAGGACUCCUUGUCUUCCUCAUCUCCAGCAUCCAGCACCCCUUCAUCCACCCAGGCCUCCAAGGACAACAAGCCACGCUCCCUACGCUUCACCUGGAGCAUGAAGACCACAUCCUCCAUGGAGCCCAACGAAAUGAUGAAGGAGAUCCGGAAAGUUCUGGACUCCAACAGCUGCGAGUACGAAUUGCGCGAGCGCUUCAUGCUCCUAUGUGUUUCGGGCAACCCCACGCACGAUGACUUUGUCCAAUGGGAGAUGGAGGUGUGCAAGCUACCUCGCCUCUCGCUCAAUGGGGUGCGCUUUAAAAGGAUCUCCGGCACCUCCAUCGCCUUCAAGAACAUUGCCUCUAAGAUCGCCAAUGAACUAAAACUGUGAUGAAGAUUUCAGUGGAAAAGAUGAGAUCUUAAGGAACGGUUGCAGCCCAUAAAUUAGGAAUGAGGAGGCACUGUGAAAAAAAUUAUUAGAGUUAUAAGCUCUAUGGCAGCAAUGAAUAAUCUAGAGGCUGUAAAGGGGGGGAAGAUUAAGACAGGUUUAUGGGGACAUUUGUGCAUAUAGACAUUUUCAGGGGGUUUAUUUUGGGGGUGUUCUGUCUUGGUUUGGGUUUUCUGUUCCUUUAUCACUCCCUCCUCCCUACUUUGUGUUGUCAUCCUUUAUUUGUGGCAAUUUUGUUCAAGUUUUGUGGUUUUCCUUGGACCCCACAAUUGUCCUCAAUACUGAAAGAGUUAAGAGACAGCGACAAGAGGUUGGUGUUAAUAAACUGGAACCGUUUGCUAGUGGUUUUCUCUUCAAACACAAACCAGCUACUGUCAUGCCCCCACCCCCCCGACCC